CGAGACCCUCCACCCGCCUCCCAGGCUCUCCACCUGCGCGCUUCCCCAGCUCGCGCCCUCCCCCUCUCUGCGCCGGCGCGGUGCCCGCCAGGGCGCGCAGGGGAGCCCGCGAGGCGCAUGCGCGGUGCGGGGCCCGCCGCCGCUCUGGUGUCGUCGCCGCCGCCGUCGCUGCCGUUGCCGCCUCCCUGCCGGCAAGUGUGGGAAGGAGGAGCUGAGGGCCGCCGCCGCCGUUGCCGCCAUGGGGAGGAAGUCAAGCAAAGCAAAGGAGAAGAAGCAGAAGCGGUUGGAGGAACGAGCAGCUAUGGAUGCCGUCUGUGCCAAAGUGGACGCCGCCAACAGGCUUGGAGACCCUUUAGAGGCUUUCCCAGUGUUCAAGAAAUAUGAUCGAAAUGGGUUAAACGUCUCCAUUGAGUGUAAGCGAGUGUCCGGACUGGAACCAGCCACCGUGGCCUGGGCCUUCGACCUGACCAAAACCAACAUGCAGACCAUGUACGAGCAAAGCGAGUGGGGCUGGAAGGACCGAGAGAAACGGGAGGAAAUGACAGACGACCGAGCCUGGUACCUCAUUGCUUGGGAAAGCAGUUCCGUCCCUGUUGCCUUUUCUCACUUCCGGUUUGACGUGGAAUGCGGCGAUGAAGUCCUGUACUGCUAUGAAGUGCAGUUGGAAAGCAAGGUGCGGCGGAAAGGCCUGGGGAAGUUCCUCAUACAGAUCCUGCAGCUCAUGGCCAAUAGCACACAGAUGAAGAAAGUUAUGUUAACUGUAUUUAAACACAAUCAUGGCGCCUACCAGUUCUUCCGAGAAGCACUGCAAUUUGAAAUCGAUGACUCUUCCCCCAGCAUGUCUGGGUGCUGUGGAGAGGACUGCUCCUAUGAGAUCCUGAGCCGGAGGACCAAGUUUGGGGACAGCCAGCACUCCCACGCGGGCGGGCACUGUGGUGGCUGCUGCCACUGAGCUCCCAAGCUAGAAUGCUCUCUCCAAGGCCUGUCUUCUCCCCGGGCUCACGCUGCCGGCCAAGUGCCCUCAGAGCUGUGGCCUCCUCAGCCCUGCGCAUGCCAGGCUGCAGCCUGAGAGCACAGAACCCUGGGGAGGAGUGGUCCAAGCUGCCCCUCCUCCUCUCUCCUGGAAGAGCAGAGUGCCCAGAAGGAGCAGAGAGGAGAGGGUGCUGAGGGAGGAGCUGGCGGAGGCCGGGCACGAAGCGUAUCUUCUCAUGGUGGCUGCCUUCUCGCCUGGCCCUUGUGCCCUUGAGCAUGAGGUUCCCCACCUUCUCUACAGAUGGAUUCCUGACAAGCCCCCUCCCUCCCCCCUGCCACACACACACUUGGACAGAUGAGGUGUUUAUACCCACCUUUAUAAAAGUCCUGGAGCCCCGGGUCAGGGUCUGGCUGGUCCUCAAUGAAGAAUGGAUUCCGUAUGAGAUCGGGACGUAGAGAUAGGCUUCAGAGAGACUCACGUUUCAUAGAUGAAUGCUCUGGUGGAGACCGUGGGAAGGCCUUUUGUGCCACGACGCUGGGAAGCAAGGGGCUCUUUCUAGCUGUGCUUUUAUGGGCUCACGGCGGCCGGGGAGGCAUUCCAGGGGACCGGCCCGUCGGAAGGAAGGCCCCAUCCCUCUCUCUGAGGACCAGGAACAAGGUGUGGAUGGGGGCGGGGUGGGGGGGCCAGAAGACAGUUGCGUCUCUGGGCUUUUGGACUUAGUGACUCGAGCUCUUCGUUCACAGAAACAAGCCGGAGGUCCUGCCGGUGCCUCUCCAUCGCCCUUCACCACUUGUUCUCCCUCAGCUCACCCCCUCACCCCCUCACCCCUUCACCCUGUUCUUACUCUUCACAGGGGAGAAUAACGUUAGGGAGCCCCUCCCCUUCCCCCAGAAGGAUCCCUCGUUCCUGGCGUGUUCAGUACUGUCUCCUCUCAGAUCUUGGUGCUGAUUGCUCUCUGAAGGUGGGGCCCCCCUCCCGCUUCAGAGAGCCCCCAGCCAGCAGCAGGCCCCUCUGCCUGCGCUCCCCAGCCUUGCCCCUUGCUGCCUCAGUGAGGCCCUGGCGCCACUGCCCUGGCUGGCGGCUUCGGCUGCAGCAGGAAUGCCUCUCGGUGGCCCAAACCGCUGCUCCUCUCUCUGUCCAGUGUCCGCCUUUGGCAGCGGGCUGGAGCAGGGGGAGAAGGCCUUCCUCCUCUCCCGCGGGAUAGAAAGGCUGUGGUUCGGAGCUUCUACUUGCCCUGAUCUCCGGGCCUUGUUCCCCUCCCAGGGAAGGUAAUGACCAAAUUCUUAUCCAGGAAAAAGCCCCGCCGCCUCCCCUUGGACAUCCUUGAGCUCUGCUUUAGGGAGUGUCUUAAAGGUUCUAGCCUUUGUGAAGUUGCUCUUCGGAGGUCUGUUCUGACCUCAGCGUCUGCCCCUACCCCACCCUCUGCCCUGACUCAGGUGGUCUAUGCUGGCGGGUCUCCCUGGAGCUGUUCUUGCCUCUCCCCUAGUUUCCUGCUUGUGCAGGGGCCUGUCGCACGGCCUCCUUCACCCACCCGGCCCUCCUGAGUGCUCCGUGUUGCUCUUGACCCCGCCAGCAGCCGACGUGGCACUCCGUUGGAGAGGGCCUUGCAGCUUUACACUGGAACAAGCCCCCCUCUGCCCCCGCCUUCUGGCUUGGGGAGGGGGGGUGGAUUUUACAUGGGCGGGGGUGGGGGGGAGAAAUUUGAAUUGAAUUGCUGGGAGGGCAUUGGUGGGCUCCCUCCAAGAAUCAUGGAAUGACAGAAGCAUGUUUAGGAAUUUUUUUCCUCUGAUCCUUAUCUCUCGACACAGAAUGGAUAGAUAUUUAUUGUCUUAGAUCAUGGAUUUCUGAUACCUCCCAUUCAAGGGGAUCAAAAGGAACCCCACUGUAAAUCCUUCAUGAGGUGAGUUCAGUGUAUGUCGUCUCUUUCCAUUCAUCGGACACCUGUCACUGAGCCCACUGGCAGAUGGGGUGCCUGGUGCCGCACCCUGGUCCUCCUGCCUCUGCCGGUCACUUCCUGCGGGGCUGCUGGGGGUGGGGGCGGGGGUCAGGGCUGGGGCGGGAGAGGCACUGCUUGAGGCCAGUAGGCCACUCUCUGUUGUUGGUGUUGAGCCCAUUCAGUUCUCACUUCCCCGGGUCUUGGUUUUGAGAAACAGGGCAGGCCUUUUGUUCCCGGCUUUUUUGUGUGUUUGUUUGGGGCAUGUUAAAAUAUUUUUUAAGACUUUUUUUUUUUUUUUUUUUUAGUUGUAUCCACCCUAUUUCAGAUUCUUUUUGUUGAUGUCAAAAAUGUGUCUAUGACAUGCCUAUGGUUCUUUUUAACCCUUUCUGGUUUUGUUUUUUAGAGGAAACUGAAGAUAAACUCCUUCUUGAUAUAUAUUUUUUUCUUUAGCAACUUGUUAUCACUGGAAUCAAAGGGAAAAGUGAUCUCUUUUUGCAUUGGUUGUAUUUGUAUGUCACAAAUAAAAGACACUUUGUUCA